CGGAUAAGGUAGGAACUAUUACCAGACAUGUGAGGAACACGGACGUAUUAGUGCGACGCGCAGUGGUAGAGCCAUGUGCGGUGCGUCGUGUUGACUUCGUAGUUGAGUUGUUGUAGAUUAAUUUUUUUGCUGUCAGAAUGAACGUAACUUGUCUUUGCAGCAUGAAUUUACUGUAGCAACUUUUAAUGUUCUUUUGUUCACCUGCUGUACAUCUCGCUGAAUUAUGGGGAAAUCAAAGACCAAGAACCAGAAGAAAUCCCGAGCAACAGCCAACCAUGUGGCCGAGGAGACCUACGGAGCUGUUCCUCACUCCUUCGUGUUUAACCGGGGUCAGAUCGGGAAAAACGUGGGUCAGCUCAUUCUGGAUGUGCGGAGAGUCCUGGAGCCGUACACUGCAGAGUCUCUUAAGGUUAGGAAAAAGAACGUACUGAAAGACUUUGUUGCCAUAGCAGGACCACUUGGGGUUUCACACUUCAUGAUCUUCAGCAAAACCCCCAGCAGUAUCAACAUGAGACUUGCUCGACUUCCCAAAGGUCCCAUGCUUCAUUUCAGAGUGCUCAAGUACUCUCUUGUCAAAGAUGUGGUUUCAUCUCUGAAGAAGCACAGGAUGCACGAGCAGCAGUUCACACAUCAUCCACUACUCAUCCUAAAUAACUUUGGAUCUGAUGGCAUGCACAUAAAACUCAUGGCCACCAUGUUCCAAAACAUGUUUCCCUCCAUUAAUGUGCACAAGGUAAGCCUCAACAACAUCAAGAGGUGUGUGCUGCUGAAUUACAACCCAGCGUCGCAGGAAAUAGAAUUUCGACAUUACAGCCUGAAGGUCGUCCCUGUCGGCAUGAGCCGUGGAGUCAAGAAGCUGAUGCAGGAGAAGUUCCCCAACAUGUGCAAGUUUGAGGACAUCAGUGAGCUGCUGAUGAAAGGGGCGAACCUUUCAGAAAGUGAAGCAGAACAAGAUGGGGAGCACAACAUAACUGAACUGCCGCAGGUCUACUCUGGAAGAGGCAACAUGGCAUCACAACAGAGUGCUGUCCGUUUGACCGAGAUUGGUCCCCGCAUGACUCUGCAGCUGACCAAGAUCCAAGAGGGCAUGGGAGAAGGGAAUGUCCUUUAUCAUGCUAUGAUCUCCAAGACAGAGGAGGAAAUACAGGAGAUCCUGAACAGGAAGGAGGCCCAGUUAAAGGAGAAGGAGGAUCGGCGGAAAAAGCAGGCGCAGAAUGUUGCUCAGAAAAGAGUGAAACAAGAAGAGCAAAAGAAAAAGAGCCUGGAGGGCAUUAAACGGAAACUUGCUGAAGCCGAAGAGGACAGUGAGGUGGAGGAUCCAGGGAUGCAGGAUGAUCAGACAGCUGCUGUUGAAUCUGAUGAUGAGGUGGAGUACUACAGACAGGCUGUAGGAGAGGAGCCAGAUGAAGACAUGUUCCCCUCUGCCAAGAAAAGGCAGGGCUCAGAAAAGUUUCAUGGACCUGCCAAGAAGAGAAAGCUGACCUCUGGUAAAUCAUCAGGAAAAGACAGAGAUGCCAAAUCGCCAAAGAGAAAUGGUCCAGGAGGACAGCUCAGAGACAAAACGGGAAAAGGAUGGAAGAAAUCCAGGGACGGGGACAAACCAUUUGGAAAGAAAAUUAAGCCUGGAAGAAAGAUGUUUGGAGCUAAGAAAGCCGGUGAUAGAGAAAAUAAAUUUGGUGGGAAGAAGAAAUUUGAAGGGAACAAAACAUUUGGAGGAAAGAAAAAUAAGGACAAACCAUUCAAAUCUAAAGGUCAGAAAGGCAAGCCGGGCUUCAAGAAGAGAGGUGCAGGAGCGAAGCAAGGAUUCAAACAGAGGAAGGGAAAAGGUUCUUCAACUGAAAGCAAGAUGGUGCAGAAUUUCUCUGCCUGUGAGGGGUUUCAAAUAGCCCUGCUGCCCUCGAUGUAUGGGAUUGAGUUCACUGUGGCCCUGACAGGAAACCUGUUUGCCCUAUGGCUGCUGGUGGUCAGAGAGAGAAGGAACUGGCACACCGGUGUUGUCCUGUCUUGUAACCUGGCCGUCAGUGACCUGCUGUACGUCCUGACCCUGCCUCUGCUGAUUGUCUACUACACACAGGGGAAGCACUGGAUGUUUGGUAACGCCGCGUGUAAAAUCGAGAGGUUUCUCUUCACCUGCAACCUGUAUGUGAGCAUCUUUUUCAUCAUGGCGAUAAGUGUGAACCGAUGUGUGGCCAUCGUUUGCCCCCUCUUCACUCGAUCAUAUGUGGAGGCAACCCACGCUAAGGCCAUCAGCGCCAUUAUCUGGAUCGUUGUGGGAGGAAUUUCCGGCCCUGUGUUGAAAUUUGCCACUGCUUGCCGAAAGGAGUGCACUAAUAAGACUAUGUGUGUGUCCUACUGUGAGCAUAAUCCUGGCGAUGAAUGGCGUCACUUCACUUACAAAGUGUUUCUGGCUGUGUUCGGCUGUCUUGUUCCCUUUUUGGUCACUUUCGCUUCUUACUGUGCAGUGAUUUGGGUGGUUUGUAAAAAUGUCAGUAUAACCACAUUGGAGAAACGCAAAGUAGCUCUGCUGGUCACAUCAGUGCUUGUGCUGUAUGCUGUUUCCUUUGUACCUUACCAUGUCUUUCAGACCUAUCACUUGUAUCUGAGAAUCCACGAUCCCAAUAACAGUAACUGUUGGGUUUACAAUAUGUACCAAGUGUCCAAGGGACUGGCAAGUCUGAACAUGUGUAUUCACCCAAUCCUUUACAUGGCUUUGUUUGACAGUAUAAGAGUAGCCUGUUGUGGGAAGGACAACAGAAAAGUAGUGAUGAGAAAGCAGAGCUGCUGUCUGAAAGCUUUUCUGUGAAGCCGAUCCUUAUUUCAUGUUGAGGAUUUUUCAAUUCUACACAGCAAUUCCUUCCACAAGAGAUCCUGCUUUAUAUUCUUGACCUGUUUUUGUUAUUGACAAAAGUUCUUGUUUUGUACUGUUAACUUUGAAACAUAACCAUCUGUAAUAAAAUUCUCUUUGUUGCUGUAA